GGCGGCUCGCGGAAGCAGCCCGGUCGGGGCAGUGGCGGCGACUCCGCGGCCGCGGGGCUCGGGGCGAAGCCGCCGUGGGCCCCAUCUUCCGGCGGCCGGCAGAGUUUGUGGUGAUUGUUGCCGCCGCCCGCCCCAGCUGCCAUCUCCUCCUCUUCCUCCUCCUCCUGGGCCGGGCCGGUCCCCUCCCCGCGGCCGCCUCCUCCUGGGCUGGGCCCGCGGCGUCCUGUCCCCUCGCGGAGCCGCCGCCGCCGCCGCCUCCUCAUUCAUCCUCGUGCACCAUAGGCGGCACAGGCACCAAGAUGUCCAACCGAGUGGUCUGCCGGGAAGCCAGCCACGCCGGGAGCUGGUACACCGCCUCAGGACCUCAGCUCAAUGCCCAGCUAGAAGGCUGGCUUUCACAAGUACAGUCUACGAAAAGACCUGCUAGAGCCAUUAUUGCACCCCAUGCAGGAUACACGUACUGUGGGUCUUGUGCUGCCCAUGCCUACAAACAAGUGGAUCCAUCUAUUACCCGGAGAAUUUUCAUCCUUGGGCCUUCCCAUCAUGUGCCCCUGUCUCGAUGUGCACUCUCCAGUGUGGAUAUAUAUAGGACUCCACUGUAUGACCUUCGUAUUGACCAAAAGAUUUAUGGAGAGCUAUGGAAGACAGGAAUGUUUGAACGCAUGUCUCUGCAGACAGAUGAAGAUGAACACAGUAUUGAAAUGCAUUUGCCUUAUACAGCUAAAGCCAUGGAAAGCCAUAAAGAUGAGUUUACCAUUAUUCCUGUACUGGUUGGAGCUCUGAGUGAGUCAAAAGAACAGGAAUUCGGAAAACUCUUCAGUAAAUAUCUAGCGGAUCCUAGUAAUCUCUUUGUGGUUUCUUCUGAUUUCUGCCAUUGGGGUCAAAGGUUCCGUUACAGUUACUAUGAUGAAUCCCAGGGGGAGAUUUAUAGAUCCAUUGAACAUCUAGAUAAAAUGGGUAUGAGUAUUAUAGAACAAUUAGAUCCUGUAUCUUUUAGCAAUUAUUUGAAGAAAUAUCAUAAUACUAUAUGUGGGAGACAUCCCAUCGGGGUGUUAUUAAAUGCUAUCACAGAGCUCCAGAAGAAUGGAAUGAAUAUGAGCUUUUCCUUUUUGAAUUAUGCCCAGUCGAGCCAGUGUAGGAGCUGGCAAGACAGCUCAGUGAGUUAUGCAGCUGGAGCGCUUACGGUCCACUGAAACUCCGAUCCUCAGGGACGCCACUGCACAGACUCGUACUCUGUCCAGGGUCCAGCCUAGCCUUUACCAAGACGUUGGUUCUGGUGUGGGGGGGGAUUCUGAAACCUCAGACUAAUAGAACUCUCUUCUUCUUUUCUAGUAGGUGUAGUCCUUCUUAAUUUCAACUCAUUUAAAACAAUGCUUUAUAGUUUGGGGCAGUGGAUGGAAGGCUGGAAUCAAAAUAUUUGUCCAAUUGGCACACAGUGACUUGUAAAGCAUUUAGCGUAACUGAAAUUUGCACUCUUUGCAGACUCAUGCACAUAUAUUCCGCUUUCAGAAUAGUUUUGCAAAUUGUACACAGACAAAGGGUGGAAGCGUUUUAAUAAAAGAAAUCGCAUUUAUAAAUGAUCUGUAUUAGAAUAUAAGAACUCUCCAGUUACAGACGAUUAACUACCCAUGUUGUACAACAGAUACCUUCUAUUUUAGUUGCUAAUAAAGGGCUACACAACUCAAAAUAGUCUGAUUUAAACUUAUUGCUUUGUGGUUUAAAUGGAAAUUGUUUUUUAUUAAUUCCAUCUCAGAAUUUUUGUUAAAAUGGUAACCCUCAGCUCCUAUGUAAGAAUGUUAGAAUGUAUUUUAUUUUUAAAUUUAUGUGAUUUUUUUUUAAAUCACAGAAAUUAUAGUCAUAUAAUUUUAAAGUUAACUUUCUAAAUUAUAGUCAUUGCCUUUUUAUGUAUGACAUAGCCUCAUGUCAUUAUUAUAUUAUAGUAGAAUAUAAAUUCAAGGAUACUUUAAUAACAAAUAGGUUUAGUCCUUUACUUCAAUUACUCUGAUAGUCUGCAAAUGAAGAAACAUUGAAGAGUGUCAUUAGUGUGUUUCUAGUCAUUGCAGACCAUACACCACUAUGUUUUAUUUUGUUUUCUUUUGUUUUGUUUUUUACUGCUUUAAGCAAUUUAACUCCUUUACUUGAAUUUUUAGCAAGAAAUCAUUAACAAUAAUAGUAACAAGGCCUAUUGGACUACAUAUAGUCCUGCAAAAAAUUUUUUUUUGUGGGGGGAGCAUGAUUUUUGGUGCGGCUCUUCCAACUAAAAUAAUGGUAUGGUGUUGUAUUUCGUUAUCAUAGAUUUAUUCUAGUCAUUUUGGCAAAAAAGUGUAAUCCAUUCAGCCAUCAUGCAUGUUCUCCAUUGUACCUAUCUUAACAUGACA